CUUAUUAAUUUCACUGUUCUGUGAAUUACAGUGGUGGCAGCUAACGACCUGAAAUGGAUCACGACGGGUAUGUUCCGGCCGUUCGUCGAGGUCAACCUGAUCGGACCCCAACUUGCCGACAAAAAGCGCAAACAGUCGACCAAAACACGGUCGAACAACUGGUCGCCCAAGUUCAACGAGUCGUUCCACUUCAUAAUUGGCAACGAGGAACAGUUAGAGUGCUUCGAGCUGCACAUCUGCAUCAAGGACUACUGCUUCGCCAGGGAUGACCGACUUGUCGGUGUCGCCGUUUUGCAGCUCAGGAACAUCGUCGAUCAGGGUUCGUGUGCCACAUGGCUGUCCCUAGGCAAGCGCAUCCAAAUGGACGAGACCGGUUGGACGAUUCUGCGCAUUCUGUCACAACGCACCAAUGACGAGGUGGCCAAAGAAUUUGUCAAACUGAAAUCGGACAUCAGACAAGAGAAUCCCAUCCCACCGGUCUCGUGAGAUGAAACUCAUUCACUGGUAUACGGCUGAAAACAACUCAAUGAUUAACUAGUUUUUUUCGAAUGGUAUCAUUUAACUAUAGUGAGGUCCACGUUAUAAUGUCAGUGAAUAAAGAUAGAAGAACAGCGUUGCCUGUCCUCUGCCUUAAUUAAUUAUAUAUUCAUACAUUAUCAAAAACAGAUUUGGCAUCGUUGCGGAGCUGGAAAAAGAUAGUACUACCUGCUUUGUCAAAUGAUAGACAAGGAUAGCAACAUCAAAGUUUAUCAAAUACUGUCAUUAUAACGUGGACCUCACUCUAGUUGUAUGAAAAUCUGGAAAUGAAGUGGCUCAAACCAGUUUCAAGAAACUUGUAUUUACAAUUAUUGUAUCCUCUAACUAGUUCUAUGAGAAUUUGAAAAUCAAGUGGAUCAAAUCAGUUUCAAGAGAAAAUUUGUUUUUUAAAUUGUCUUACUUAAGUUGCCUUAUAAAGCCUAGUACAGUUCGGAUGCUGUAGCUUUGUCUAUUAGUGGAGGGCCACUAGACUAUAAUGCUACCCAAACAAAAACAUGCAACAUUUUUGAAUAUGUAUCUUUCCAUAAGAAGCAUUAUGCUCUUCUGUACCGUCGCAAUAGCAACGUGUUGUAUCCGAAAAGAUACACAUUUAAAGCUCAACAGUUGCUUGCUACUUGCUAGCCAACAGUAGACUGCCAACUGAUCUGUUGCAUCUGUACAGCAUCGUAUCAGAUCUCAACAUGAGGUAUCUCUGUGUGUAGAGAGCUUCCUUCAAGGAAUGUCUCUAGGGAGCUUCCUCUAUUUAGGGAUUCAGGUACUCUGGAGCGUAUGUAAUAUUAUGUUCUUGAAACAAGAGGAAAAUUUCCCCGCGAAUUUGCCUAUAAUGUCGUUUCAAAGUCACGGAGGCAGAGCUACGGACGCGUACUGUACACACUGGGAGAUUUAUGUUGCGCGAUUUUGUUAUUAUUGGUGGUUGCAUAUUGAGUUUAGAUUGUGUAGCCUACUUCAGUACCGUGGUAGGUUGACUUGUUUUGUUCCUUGAAAAUAACUUUUUCCUCUACCUACUGUCUAAAGAGCCUACUUUACUCCCUGAAACAUAAUACUGAAGUGUCACUUUUUUCUCUCGGUAGAAAAAACAGAAAAACUCCCUAGAGCAUAAAAGUAACUCCAUUUGAAUAGCAUGAGAAGCAUCUCUAUUUCAAAAUCUUGCAUUUGAAAUAGAUUAGAAGGUCUAAGCUCAGAUGAGGAAGCAUAUAGAGUAGUCAUUAAACCAACUAAAUUCAAUACCUCAACCAGACAUUUGAUCAAUAUAUGAAAUAUAUAUUUCAUGCUAAAAUUAUCACAAACUUCAUAUCAGUAUACUAUAAAAAUGUAUAAAUAUUUUUUUAUAUUCCAUGUUAUUCAAAAUACCAACCAACGAAUAUUCCUCAUCAACUAAUCAAAUUUGAAACAGGAUAUUCAUCAUAGUGUUGUAGUCGAGUCGGCGGCCAUUGUUGUUACAACUUUUUCCGACAGAUAGCGCUGUCGGCGGUGAACUGUGUGAUCACAAGACAGCUGUUUAAUUUUCGAGUUAUGUUGUAACACAUUUUACUGGUCACGUAAUUUUUAACAAAUUAUUUUAUUUGCAGUUUUUAUAAAAAUGUUGUGUACAUCAGGAGUAGAAAAUGUUUUUUCUCCCUCAGGAAAAUUGUUGCCCUCGGCUUCGCCGCGGGUCAAACUUUUCCCUCAGGGAGAAAAAAAAUACUUUUCACUCUAGAUAGCUUAUACAAAUAACUAUUGAUUACCUAACCCAGUGGAAUGAGUUGAGGCUCAACCCCUAUCCCAAUCGAAUACCAACUUUGCCAGAUUGUGUUGAAUUGAGACUUUCUCAUUCAUGCAAGGCAAUGUCACUACACUGCUCUCAAAACUGCCAAGAUUUCAGUAACCUUGUUUGUGCGUUCUUGGCUUGACAGCUUUCUUCAAUCUUCAACCUCUCUCCUUCUGCUCUUUCUUCUUUCUCUCAAUUAUCAGUCCAACACAUCACGCUAUUUCCUCUUAUCAUCAUUCCUUCAUUCAUCCAUUUGAAAAAAAAACACAAUUAGGGAGAACGAAACUCAGGAUACCUUGUACUAUUUCUCUCCCAAAUUCACAUAGCUUAAUAUUGACAAAAUCCGAAAUAAGGCUAUCUCAGGUUUCACAAAAUGUUCAGUCCAAAAAUAGUCAAGCAGACCACUUUUUCGAAUAAGGAUUUUCCAAAUACCAAUAUUAUAAUUGAAAUACCAUUCUGUUAUCUUUAGAAAAGAAAAUAUUCACUUAUUAGAGAAAAUUUCGAGCCAGAACCGAAAAACGAACUUACUCCUAGAAACACAACUCAAAUCAUUCCAUUUUCUCAAUUCAUAUUCUUUCGGGUUGAUUUUCAAUUGUAUAUUAUCUCUUAUAGUUGAAGAAUUUGAGAACAUUCCAGUGUCCACGUCAGAGCUUUUCAGACUAGCUGUCAACAAAGUUAUAAUUUCCAGGAUGAUGCUAACAUUCAGGCACCAGAAGAAGAAUGAUCUCUUAUGGAUUUAUUCCAUUGAGGUUUGGUUAUGAAAGCAUACAUCUUCUGAUUUUGUAUUUAGUUAUAUAAUUUCCACUUAUGUACUCUAUCUAAUAUCCUCUAAUUUAGUUGGCUAUAGCAUUUAAUAUUGUGAUGAUGCAACUCUUCCCUACACACAGACUUCGGCAAAUACAUGGAAUAUUUAAGUUCUCAGUUAUGUUUGAAUAAUCCCUGUGAUUUUAAAAUUGAUUAAUUCGAACUCUAGCCUUGCAAGAUAGUGUGGAAUCUCGACCUUCCCAUGUGAGUCACUUUGAAUAUAUUCAAAUUAUAUAUGGAUAUAUUUAUAUUCAUUUGCUGAAUAUAUUCAAUGUGACACUUUUACAGGGUUCCAUUAAAUCUAGUAAUCCCCAUAAUAUUUGGUUAGCUGGAAGUUCAAGUCUUCACUUAUUCCAUUUAGGCUAUAUGCUAUAUCCACAUAGAAUAGAAUACACUUUAUUGAUCAAAAAAUAUACGUAUAACAUAUACAUGGAUCUCGUCACGUCGGUCAGGUACAAAGGAAAGUGAUAGACAUUCACAUAGAUGUAGUAACUCAUCUAAGUAGGCUACGGUACAAUAUAAAACAAUGUCAGAUAACAUGAAGCAGCAUAAGAUAACAUGAAAAAACUUGGCCAUAUCAAGACUACUUUACAAUUAAUUUAUUAUGUGGUAACAAAUUCGCUGCUGAGGUAUUCCUCUAAUGUAUAGAGCACCCUAGUUAUUAGUAGCUCCUUCACUUUUUUCUUGAACAUAUCUUUUGGAAGUUUAUUUUUUGGGCAGUUUAUUGAACAGUACGAACUGUUGAUAUUUAUGGAUCUUGUGGGAUUUGUGCAGUCUUAUGGUGGGCUUUACCAAAUCGAACUUUUUCCUGGUAUCAUGUUCAUGAGAUUCAGAUUGUUUAAUAAAGUAUUUUUCAUUUUCUUCCAUGAAAACCACAUUGCUGUAAAUGUACAUGUUAGCCAGGGUCGAUUCGUUGAAUUUCAAUCCCCCUAUGCAUCGCAUAGCCUUCUUCUGCCAUAAAAACACUAUGGACUAUCAACCAUUUGUUGAUUUUUUGUGUUCUAUUUUGUAGAGCCACCUCAAAUACCUAACUUUGAGAACCCGCUUUUGGGAAGCCUUCUCAAUUAUUACACAUGUAUACUUCCAAAGAAGGUGACUGUUCAAUAAUCUGGUUGCGUUUUUCGAAUUAAUCUCUUUGCUCUUAUUUUGUAUAGUUUCAUGAGGAGUGGAGUCAAUGUAUUGAGUCAUUUGAACUGAGUCUGAACUGUCAAACUGGAACUGUGGGUGGAGAACUAUUUGUAUAAUUUCAUAACUCAGUGCAUUUAAAUUUAGAUGAGUUUGAAUCAUUGCAAAGGAACUAUUUUCAUGAAGUGUCAACUAGUUUUGUCUAGUUCCAUACGAGAUUUGAAAUCAAUGCAUUUUCUUGAAACGAGUUUGAAUCAAUUCAAAAAAGGAACUAGUUCUGUAAGCUAUUUUGCUUCCAUUGUGUAACCAUAUUUUGUAUUAAACUAGUUCCACAACAUCCAUAUGUGCUUAUUCAAUUGUGGUUUCCAUAGCUGUAUUAAUUAUCGUUAUAUGACAAUAUUUGAAGAGUGUGUAAAUUGAUUCUACUCUGUAAUGUUCAUGAAUGGAGUGUGAAAAUUUAUAAAUAAAAAUCCAUCUUUGUAUAGCGGUCAAUAUCGUUUUUAGGCUAUUUUUGUAAAAACACAAUCUUUGACUUGAAUGAAUAGCUUAGAGAAGUAAUAUUAUGGUAUUCGGUAAUAUUAAUCAUGUAAUAUGACCCCCCCCCCCAAUGUUGUAUAGAAGCAAUUAUCAAUAUUGUUCAAAUGUGCAAAACUAGUCUGAUCAAGGAACAGCUUGCCUUAAGCUGAUUGAAGAGUAUUUCUUUGAUGGAACUUAGCAGAACCUACUCUCUCUUGUAUCAUACUGCCAAGUUACAUAAAUCGGACUUUAGGAUCUUGCUUGACAAUUAUUGCAAUGUCUUUUCUAAUUUUAUGUGUUGAAUCCAGGCUAUUUUCGAGUGAUUCGAGCAUCAACCAUCAGUCCAAUGCCCGGUCUCUAUGACACUUAUUUAGUUCAAAUGACCAUUGAAUCUAUAGGUUGAAUGAUGAAUUAAAUCUGAUAGAUGUUCUUGCAGCUAAGUUAUCUCUUGAAACUUGAACAUGUCUCUAUAAAUACAUUUCAAUUGUAUUGUAUUGUAGUGUCCGUUGUCUGUUGCAAAAGUAAGGGAUAAAUCUUUCCCUACCAACAUUGUGAAUUGAUUUCAUCAAUUUUUUCAUGAAGUCAUUAUGAAUAAGUACUGAGCGAAGUAGCAUGCAUAUCGAGUUUAAGUUUUUGUAUAUUAUUCAGUAACUAUUAGAUUGGAUAGGAGUGCCCACCCUUAAAUAUUCCAAAUUUUAUUUUAGUAACAGCCCCCCGAUUACAGUCGGUUUUUUAAACACUGUUAACCUUUUUUCGGACCAUCCAAGAAUUGUUUAUGAACUGUGAAACCUACCAAGAAUUUCAAUGAUGCUGUACGCGUCUUAUCCACGUGGGUGGACUUUCUAUUUGGACCUUGGUGGCGGGGAAGGCCAAGGAUGAGGUGGAGAGACAGAGUGGAGGCUGAUCUGCAGGAGAGGGGUUUGAUUGAUUGAUUGAUUGAGUACUUUAUUUAUGUAGAUUACAAUAUAUAUCACAAUAUAAUAUAGGGUUUGGAGACACGGGGAGGAGAUGGACAUUAUAUUGUUGAGGGGACGGCUGGAAGAGGAAAAUGCCGCCCCAUAUGAUUGGGGGGAAUCUGCAACUUGCGCCCAGCGGUCAGAAUGUGUUUGGCCACUCACAGAUUGAACGUAACAAAGUGAACGUCCGUGACGUCAUCACGAGUGAUGUCAU